AAGUCUAAAAAGCUUAUCUUAAAAAAUAACCGUAACUGUAUAACGAGAAAGCCCGCAACCACAAGAAGGUCGAGCAUAUUGUGAGAACCAUCAGAGAAGCCCCUUAACCUUAUGUACCUAAUAAAUAGCAUUUUAAGUAGCAUUCUAGAUUAGUAGUCAAAUCUUCGACAAAAUUGACAAACAUCACACAGACGAGAAUUCGCUAGUUGCAUGAUUUCUUCUGCUUGUUUUGUCCCACAACGAACCCCGAAAUUGUUUGGAUGAUUUCGAGAUUCUCAUUCUCCUAACUAGUUCUAAAUGCGACCUUUAAGCGUGAGAGACUUACUUUAAUCUUCAAAACUAAAGCGACCCUCAACGACAAUAGAUAAUUCAUUUCUACAUGUACUGGUAAUUACCCGUAGGUACCCUGACAACAUAAACAUCAACAUCCAGCUUCAGUUCUUCUUGUUAGUCAUUUUCAUCGACCCCUAGCCCUACUAGUUCUAGUUGUAUUUUUUCAACAACAAGACAGCGAUCAUACUUUCAUCAAAGCGACAUAGAUUUAGAAUAACGACAUGAAAAUGCCACGUCAACGACGUCCACACCCUUUGCCUCCAAUCAAGGUCGUAACUGAAACACGGACUCAACAGCAGCACGAUCCUAGAUCUUCUCCCUACGCUAUGCUGAACGCAUCUCCUACGACAAACGCUUGGUAUCGAAGUGAACCACCACCGCAAAGUAGUCACCAAGUAAGUCUAAGUCACCAAGAUCAUAACAGCCUUCAUGGAGUUACAUUAGGUCCUCUUGGAGGUCAACAACAACUAGAGCAAGCAUCUUCGCUGUCAUCAACUACAGCUGUUGACUACAACACUGCUAUGUCAACUCUUUCUGCGGGGGCGGGACAAGGGCAAGCACCAGUGCAGGUGAUGCACCUGUGCCGGCGGUUGCAAGACGAGCUUCGGCGUGUCCUGGCAGAGCGUGACUCCUUGAAAGAUGAGGUGGCACGAUUGGAAUUUGAGAAGGUACUACUCCUUCCAUUGUUUGAUGGCGUACUUUUUCCAUUGUCGACAGCAGUACAGAGGAAGAUGUUGCGUAUCUAGAAUUCGUUACAACAAGCAUUCAGCAUUUCUUUUUCUUCAUCUUCCGACAUUCUCAUAAUAAAUCUUCACUGCAUAUCUCCGAGUCUCAUCUUUAAAAAACCAACACAACAGGACAACAUGUUUGCCCUAAUGCAGAACGAGGAAGGCAAUGGAGCAGCGACAGUAAAACCACUUACCGAGCUAAUCCGACAGCAGGAACAAGAGAUGGCGCGUUUGCGUAAGGAGAAUCAAGCUUUGUCUAAGUCUUUCGAGACGUAUAUCAAGGCUAUUCAGGGAUGUUUCUUGCCCUCUCCUCGCGACGCCAUGAUCAACGCCGCAUUGGCCGCUAAGCGCAAGGCUGAUAGGACCUUCACAAGAGGCACCAGCAAUUAUUGUGGCGCAUCAAACAGCGACGACACGGAUUCUACAUCGGCGAAGAGCACAGUCAGUUCCACACCUUCGCCAGCACCGCCAGGUCUAGGUGGAGGAGGAGACGCUUCUGACACCACAAGAGCAGGAGGUAACUGCGGUAUUUCGACUGCGUCUGAACCAGGAAAUUCAUCCAACGAGCAGCAGCUCUAUCUGCCACCUUGCCUAGUCGGAGGUGGAACUACUAGCACAGCUGGUGGAGACGAGGACGAUGACUCUACGAAUUACACGACCUACAAUGGCACCCCUAGUCUUAAAAGUAGGGGACGAAAGAGCACGAAUAUGACAACACUGUCCGACAAGAUUAGGGAAGACAACGACCGUUUCGCAUCGCUGGUGACCGAAGCACCUGUUGAGAAGAUAGUCAAGGAAUUGGUACAACAUUUUCUACACUCUUUUUUCUGAAUCAUCUCUGAAAUUUUUAUGACUCAUAAUUGAUUCUUUCGUAAGUACAUAGACAUAGAAAUGAUGUAAUGUGAUGACCAACGUCCUCCCCCUACCUACUUCUGUAGUAGGUACCAACAGUCCCUCCUCUACAACUAAAUCAUCCGAGAAGGCCUUUCCAGCUUCUAUCGCCGAUCUAGAUCUACAACUACAAUUCAAAUUCAUUUCUUCUAUCUACUUUGUCUCUUCUCGUCAGGUCCAAACUCCUACUAGUUGUACUGCGCUAGAGCAGCAGUCUACACGAGGACGAACUUCCGAAGUUUCCUUGUCGACAGCCUCAUUCCGAAGUGGCGGAACGAGUGGAACAGGAACGAGUGGAGCACGUCCUCCUCCACCUCCGCCGACCGCCAAGCCACCAGCGCCGCCGACCGACCUAUCAGCAGCGACGCGUAAUUUGCCAGCUCCACCUAAGAUUCAGCCACCUGGCGUAGAGGCCUUGCAGCAGAAUACAAGAUUUGCAGCAUUAGCGAGUCCGUCAAGACAGCCACAAAAUCGAGUUACACCAAGUGCUGGAAGCCAAAUGCCAUCGUUGGAACCUACCUUCAGCUUUGGGGCACCGCCUCCUCAACUAGGUGGAAGCACUAGUAACGGCACAUCAUCGACAAACAAUAUGAGUGGAUUGGCAGUACCAAACGUGCCUUAUCAUAACCUUGCCCAUUGUUCACCACGUAGUCAGGGCCAUCAUUCUCCAAGAGGCGGAGCGUCGUACCACGAUCAUUCACCUGUCAACAGCAAUGGCCCAGUGUCUUAUUGGGGUCCGCCGAAUCGUCGAGCACCAGAAUCCUCUGGUAAAGGAGCACCCAUGUCGGUGUCCCCAGUCGUGGCAGCACCUGUAGUUCCUGCAUCAGCGACACCAUCAUCUUCUACCGCUUCAAUGCCAGGAGGUGAUCAACAUCGUGCUGAACUACUCAGAAUGUGCGAACGCUAUGAGGUCGAGAAGCGUACCGCAGAAUGGUUCGCGCAGCCUGAGCAUUCCAGGUAUUGGGAAGCGCUAGUUCACAAAAGUGUGGAACUCGAGCGACGAAACGAUGAUGGUUCGAUGAGGGUGAAAAACUCAUCUGCGUGGUUGACGAAAUUCUUCAACGUUUUGCGGACUAAUCCCGAUGAAGCAAGACCAAGAAAGGGAAGUGGAAUGCCAGCUAUAUUCAAUGCUGCUCAGCAUGGUGGAAAUGGCGAUCAUUCCGGUAUCCCUACAAGUUCUUGUGGAAUGUCAAGCGCCAUGUAUGGAACAACAGGAGAUGAACCAUAG